AUGGCCCUCCACCAGUCCAGGAGACACCUCCCGCGCCUCCUUGCAUGUGCGAGGACAACACCUUUCCGCGCGGUUCGGUACAAUAGCUCGCCUGCAGCUGCUGCGGAGCCGGCUACCUCGCCGAGGACUGUGCCGUCCUUCUUCACACCUGCAACGGGAGACCUCAAGCCGUUCUUCGUCACCACGCCCAUCUUCUACGUCAAUGCUUCCCCUCACAUUGGCCACCUCCACUCGGUCGUCUUGACGGACGUCUUUGCCCGCUUUGCUCGUCUGCGUCAUCCUCAGCGCGAGGUUGUCUUCUGUACCGGCACGGACGAGCACGGUCUCAAGAUUCAGCAGGCAGCGGCCAAGGCUGGGAUCUCUGAACAUGCUUUCUGUGACGAUGUUUCGCAGCGCUUCCGCGACCUCUCGGACAAGGCCAACAUCUCAUACACCGACUUUAUCCGCACCUCCGAACCACGACACUACCGCGCUGUUGAGGCGUUUUGGGACAAGCUGGUCAAGUCGGGUGACAUCUACAAGGGUCGCCAUGAGGGAUGGUACUCCGUCUCGGACGAGUGCUUCUACUCGAACAAGCAAGUCGAGUCCAAGGACGGCGAGAUGAUCGCCCUCGAGACUGGCAACGUUGUCACUUGGCAGGAGGAAGAGAACUGGAAGUUCAAGCUGUCCAACCACGCGGACAAGUUGGAAAAGUGGCUCGAGAACGAGGAGUCCGUCUCCCCGCCCCAGUAUCGCGCCGACAUCCUCAAGCAGGUUCGCAACGCUACCGAGCUGUCCAUCUCGCGCCCUGCCUCGCGCGUCAAGUGGGGAGUCCCUGUCCCUGGCGACCCCAACCAGACCAUCUACGUCUGGGUCGACGCUCUGAUCAACUACAUCACCGUCGCCGGUUAUCCCGGUGCCCAUGCCGCCUGGCCCCCCGAGAUGCACCUCGUUGGCAAGGACAUCAUCCGCUUCCACGCUCUUCACUGGCCGGCUCUUCUCUCCGCUGCAGGCGAGGAGCUGCCAAAGCGCGUGAUGGCCCAUGCACACUGGACCAUGGGCAAGGCCAAGAUGUCCAAGUCUCGCGGUAACGUCGCCGACCCUAUUGCCGCCAUGGACAAGUAUGGCGUCGAUGGCGUCAGGUGGUACCUUAUGCGCGCUGGUGGUGCACUCGCAGACGACGCAGACUAUAGCGAUGAGGAGCUGGGAAACAACUAUGCCCGCCUCAAGGACCAGGUUGGCAACCUCGUUGGUCGCAUUGGCUCCCGUGGACUCCUCAAGAAGGUUGGCGACUGGAAGCCCGAGGACCGGGAUGCCUCGAUGGACGCUCUCCUCUCCACCUUUCGUGACUCUUAUGAGACGCGUUUCGAGGCCUACGAGCUCACCCAGGCCGCGUCGAGCCUCAUCGGCCUCAUCGAGGAGGGUAACCGCUUCUUCACCGCCAAGAAGCCCUGGUCGGUCGACGACGGUACCGCCGCCAUUGUGUACGCAUACAACGCUCUGCGUCUCGUCGGUAUCCUCGCCCAGCCCAUCAUGCCCAGCAAGGCUGUGGAGCUUCUCGACCGUCUCGGCGUGCCAGCCGACGAGAGGUCAUGGGAGAACGCCGCCUGGAGCCCCGAGACUGUCAACACGCAGCAGAUGGUUGAACGUAUCGCUGCCGCCAGCAAGUCGUUUGCUGGUACAUCACUGUUCCCCCCCGUCGAAGAGGAGAAGGUAGCCAAGGAGAAGCAGAGGGCAGAGGCCAAGGCACGUAGAGAGCAGAACAAGAAGAAGGCGACGGAGAACAAGGAGACGGCAGAGGAGAAGAACGACGUGAAGGCCGAGUAA